ACACUUGAAUAUUCUUCUGUACUCCACGUGUCCCACCCACGCUUUGACCGACCACGUCUACCUCUUUCAGUUAUAUAUGCAAGUAUUAGCAACCCAAGUGCUAAAGAUUGAAGUUUAUAUUAGAAGAAGAGCUCGGAGCAGGCGAUGGAAAACUCAACAGCAUACUCAGAGGUGACUCCGGCAGUCCCUUCAUGGCUAAACAAAGGAGACAAUGCAUGGCAGAUGACAGCAUCGGCUCUUGUAGCCAUCCAGAGUAUGCCAGGGCUUGUAAUCCUCUAUGCAAGUAUUGUCAAGAAAAAAUGGGCUGUCAACUCUGCCUUCAUGGCCCUUUACGCCUUCGCCGCCGUCCUUAUUUGCUGGGUUCUCCUCUGCUUCCGAAUGGCCUUUGGGGACCAGCUCCUCCCUUUCUGGGGUAAGGGUGCUCCAGCUCUUAGCCAAAGUUACCUCGUUGGCCGAGCCAAAAUCCCUGAAAGUACCCAUGAAAAUGAAAGUGGAGAAACUGUGAUUGUUGAGCCUUACUACGCUAUGGCCACUCUCGUCUACUUUCAAUUCACUUUUGCUGCUAUUACGCUUAUUUUGCUUGCGGGUUCCGUUCUUGGCCGCAUGAAUAUUAAAGCCUGGAUGGCUUUUGUACCUUUAUGGCUUAUAUUCUCUUAUACUGUUGGUGCUUUUAGUCUCUGGGGUGGCGGCUUUCUUUAUCAAUGGGGUGCAAUCGAUUACUCCGGUGGCUAUGUUAUUCACCUCUCCUCGGGAAUUGCAGGGUUAACCGCAGCUUAUUGGGUUGGGCCAAGGCUAAAGAGCGAUAGAGAAAGAUUUCCUCCAAAUAACGUGUUGCUGAUGCUUGCCGGUGCUGGGCUGCUGUGGAUGGGCUGGUCUGGCUUCAACGGAGGAGCACCGUAUGCAGCUAAUCUAAAUGCUUCGAUUGCAAUAUUAAACACCAACAUAAGUGCAGCAACAAGCCUGCUUGUAUGGACGUCGCUGGAUGUUGUGUUCUUUGGUAAACCAUCAGUGAUCGGAGCUGUUCAGGGUAUGGUGACAGGACUAGCUUGCGUUACCCCAGGAGCAGGGCUGGUUCAAUCGUGGGCGGCUAUUGUGAUGGGAGCUCUUUCUGGAAGCAUUCCAUGGGUGUCUAUGAUGGUGCUUCACAAAAAGUCUUCGCUGCUACAGCAGGUGGACGACACACUAGGCGUGUUUCACACUCACGCGGUGGCUGGGCUAUUAGGUGGCCUCCUCACAGGGCUUCUAGCAGAGCCAGAUCUUUGCGACCUUAUUCUACCGAAGAAAACACGAGGCGCAUUUUACGGCGGAAAUGGUGGACGGCAAUUCUUGAAGCAAUUGGUUGCUGCUUGCUUUAUUAUAGUUUGGAACAUAGUCUCCACCACCAUAAUCCUUUUAGCUAUAAGAUUGUUCAUACCCUUGAGAAUGCCGGAAGAGCAACUGGUCAUCGGAGACGAUGCCGUUCAUGGAGAGGAAGCUUAUGCUCUUUGGGGUGAUGGUGAAAAAUAUGACCCAACUAAGCAUGGUUGGAAUACUUCUGUGUAUGGUCAGGAAAUUGCACCGUCACCUUAUGGUACUGGUGCUAGAGGUGUCACCAUCAAUUUGUGAGGUAUCCAUUUGUUUUUGGGUAUUUUAAAAAAUGUGUAUAUAUUUUUGUAAAAGUUUGAUAACGACGAUAUUUAAUUAAUUUGCAUGAAAAAAAAGGAAAAUUUUGUAUUUCAA